CCAGUCCACUUGACGGCCGCUCGGGAAGAUGACACCCAGUUGCUAAUUGACGCGAGAGUAACGACGCGCGCACCGGUGUUCAUAGGCAUGGGCGAUGCUCUCGUGGCUGUCACUUCUUGAAAAUCGUCACCAGAAGGUCAUUCUUCGUCGUCAAUCCGGAAACGUCACCAUGGCUUCCGCUACGGAGCAGCAGCAGCAGCAGCAACAACAGCAACAGCAGCAGCAGCAGCAGACAACGCUGGAGUUUUACCAAGCGAUGGCAGACUUCAAGAACAUGUUUCCACAGAUGGAUGACGAUGUGAUAGAGGCUGUGCUGAGAUCCAAUCAGGGAGCAGUGGACACCACAAUCGACCAGUUGCUCACCAUGAGCACGGACAACGAGAAUGAGAAGAUCAGGAGUGAGCUGGAACAGAAGGAGGAGGUGCUCCCGAGCACCACAAAGCAGUCGCCCAGAAAAGACCCUAGCAAAUCGUUAAAAAGCAGCCUUCAAAAGUGGCAGCCUCCACUGCUGGGACCAUUACCAGAUACUUUUCUUAGGCUCCCUCAGCAAGGGAUGUCGGACGAUGGCAUUGAUUCGGCGUAUUCACAGGAGAACUCUAUGCUGGAGGACGAGAGAAUCGCUAUGUUCCUGCAGAACGAGGAGUUCAUGGCAGAGCUACGUUGGAAUGAGGAUUUCCUGUCCACGUUAGAAAAUGAUUCGAAACUGGAAAAAUGCAGCAGCCAGACUGGUCACGACGACGAGGAUCUGUUCAAAGAAAGACUGAAAAACAUGGGCAAACUAUCCCGACGCAAAUUCGCGCAACUUACGAAGGUGUUCACUCGCAGCAAGAAACGCGGCGGCAGGCAAUUGUUACCACCGACGGCUUCUUGCGAUGAUCUCCUGGACCCGGAAGAAUCGUCCAAACCUCAAUCCUAAAGAGAGAUCUCCCAUAACUAUACGAUCUUAUUGUAAUACUUGCUCUUGUCUCUUGUCGAUUGGGAAAAAAAGGUAAUUCAACGGCAUUUGCAGCUUAAUGUAAUUUAGAUGUUACACGAGUCUUGGAAAGAAGCAUAUCUAAGUGCCGUGACUUGCGAAAGACAAGAUUAGUUAUGUCAGGGUCGUGUAAAACGUAAAUUAAUUAGCGAUUCAAGUUUCUAGCUCACUUGACACGGUUGACAAUUAUAGCUGUAGAGAUAAUGGAAUUGCAAGGUUGAAGACCUGAAGGUGCGUCAGAGUGAGAAGACAAAAAGACUCUGCGAACACAAUGAAUAUCAAGUAAAAUGCUUGAAAUUGUAAAAAAAAAGUUAUCAAAAAAUCCGUAUCUCGGUAAAUUAUGCAGAUAUACGUAGGGAUUAAUUAAUCUUAAAGCAUUAAUUAAUCUUAGUGCAUUAAUUAAUCUUAAUGUAUUUUCUAGUGAGGAUACAGAAUCUGUUUCUGAUAAAAUUCAGUGUGAUAUUUUAUGACGUUGUAACGUAAAUUUUAUUUUGACAGAUUAUAUAUUUUGUUGUGACAUAUGUUGCUUGCGAUUAUCCUUAUUACCGCGUAUCAUUGCGUAUAAUCGUUUUGAAGACUGACAUAAGAAAGUUUUGCAGAAAUAUAUCGAGCGAUAUUCUUGAUAAAAUCGUCGCUGUUAUUGGAUAAAAAUACUUAAUGCAAAUUAAGAGGGCGACGGUCACCGACGAUUAAAAUUUUUAUUGUACGCAAAGUACGCGACGCGUUUGCUUUCUAGCAUAUACGGCUACGAAAGUAAUUGAUGUUGUAUAUACAUAUCUAUGUGCAUCGUAUGCCGAUAGUGCGUUAAUGUUAAUUAAGCACAAUAGUUUAUUAAAAAUUUAAAAAAAUGCAACAUUGAUUGUCCGGAUUGAAAAGAAAUUGUGAUUUUUUAAGAAAUCCGAUUCUAGAGAAGAAAAAGAUUUGGUCUGGUAAAAGCAAUUGAUUCUUCGAAAAAAAAAUGGAUGAGGGCUUAAGUUGUAUUUUUACAAAAUUAAUAUUACUAUAGAUUAUUUCCCAAAAUGUCACGUUAAAUUGUAUUUAUCAUCAGUUUAGUGUGUCGCGAAUUGAAUUCAAAAUUCGAAACUUUACACGCCUUCAUUCAUUUAUUCUUUCGAUUCUACUUGCAACUACAAGUAGUAAUUGCACCUCCUUUAGACGUACAACCUAGUCAUUCAGUCUAGCCAUCAUUAUUUAUUGAACAAAGCUCUGACAUUGUAACGACAUCGUGAAUGUAGAAAAUAUUUAUAAAAAUGAUCGUAGGCAGUCUAAGUAAUUUACAACAUGUGCUAUGAUGACAAACAUGUAUGAGAAUAAAUUGGAAGGGAUGCUGGAA